GCAAUUUGUUAAAAGAUUUCAUCAAGACAUAACAAUGAAAUGCACCAUUAGAAAUGUAAAUGUAGAUCUUCUUAAUUUGAUAAUUUAAUAUUAUGGAUAUAAGAUCAGCUAUAUGCAAUCUCAUUACGACAGUUUCAAACUUCAUUAUAGAAUCCAAACUCAAAGCUUAACUUGAUUUAAUUUAAAAUCUUGCCUCCAAACCCAAUUCUAACCUUGAUGAAAUACUCAAACUGAUGAACAACCUUGGGAAAGAUUAAAAUAUCCAUUAAAGAGUCUUUUCUUAGCCUUUGUAACUCAAUUCACCUAAACCCUCUAAUAAAGUAUAAGCUCAAUCUGGAGCUAAUGUUUCUGCUUUUUCUGGUGGAAUCAAUACUAAAAUAUAGAAUAAUGGAAGUCGUAUAUAAUAUGUUAGUCCAGUUAAAACUAUCAGAGAUGAUAAAUAAUAUAAAACUAACUCUGAUAGGCAGAUUUGUUUAACUAGUGAAACAUUAACACAAACUCCAAAGAAUUAUAAUGAUUUCAAACCUUUUGACAAGUUAACUAUUGACUUAUAGUCAAAAUAAAAAGAUUAAUCUAAUUUACAUAUUAAUCGUCCUACUCUUGGAGUAAUCUAAGAUCUUUUGGAAUAAUCUUAAAAAGAAAUCAGCAUACCAUAAAAUUAUAAUACAUAAUAAAUUCUUACUUAAUUUAAUCCUAAUUAAUAAUUCGAUUAUUAAUAAGAUUAUUAAUAAUAUUAAUAAUAAGUAAUAAAAUAGUAUAAUCAGAAUAAAGUCUCUUAGCGAUUAUUAGUAAAUUUAGAUUCAUGUAUCAAACAAAUGAGAUCAAAUACAUUUAAAUUGAUAUUAACAAAUGAAAAAACUACUGAAAUAGAUACUUGUACAUCUAUCCCUCAAAAUAGUUAAUUAGAUAAUUCAAUCACAGCAAGUUAGAGAAAAUAAUUUAAUGUAAAAUUAUUAUAGCUAUAUUAUAUAGCCAUUACAAAAAGGAAUUCAUUAAAAAAUGACUGACAAAGAUCUAUUUUAUAUUUAAUAAAAUUUCUUGAUGAAAAAAUUAAUUGUGAAAGCUAAAAAAGGUGAGAAAAGCUCUCCUUUUAAUCCAGUUUUAGAUAUAUUUUUACAAUGA